AUGGAUGAAUUCGAUGAUGACGAAGAGAAUCCAUUGGCAAAAAUUCCAACGAAACCGAGAUAUCCAAAACAACAGAAGUUAACUACAACUACUGGUUUAUCGACAUCGAGAACUCAGUCGACUGGUGGAUCAAAGAUGGAAGGAGAAGCCUCUUUCUUUGCUCCACAUGAGAAAACAACCGGAGCUUCGUGUUAUGUUUGUUUUAAUUGA